AUGAUCAUGACCGUGCAAACGUUGUUCGACUUCACGCGCUCCGACGAGGUGGACAACUGGGUAGAGAGUUCGGACACCACGAGACCUGCCGGGAUGUCAAAGGCAGUCCUCGUUAUGCAAAAGACGGAAGUUUACCAAAGAGCCGUGCUCUUCACCCUCUUCAACCCCCAGCCAAACGGGUCUGGGUUUGCUGCGAUUCGUUGCGACGGGAGCUUCAAUCUUUCCUCCGUGCGCUGCAUAAUAAUGAAGUGCCGAGGCCAAGGUGCGAACCUGAAAUACAAAAUGCUUCUUAGACACAAAGGACUAGGAAAGGAGUCGCCAAUAUACGGACAAGUUUUCACGGUACCGGAGGACGAAUUGGCGACGGUGAAGCUGCCAUUGUCGAAUUUUAAGCCUUACCACAGAGGUCAGGAAUUAUCACUGCAAUCGCAUCCUCUGGACACGUCAAUGAUCACAAGUAUAAGUCUAAAAAUUGACAAUGGACCGUAUCUUCCUGAUAAUCAGCCUGGAGUAUCAGCGUUAGAAAUAGAUUGGAUUAAAGCUACGAAGUGAGAAUGCGUAAAGGGCACCCCGU